UUAACUCCGCAGCCCCUAAAAAGCACACCAAAUUGUAAACAUAAGGAAGUAGGUUUCUGAGAAACAGACCCCACUGGAGGAAAAAGGCCGGCCCACUGCGCAGCAGGCUCCGGACUGCCCAGUUUGAAAAGCCUUCUCAUUCCUUCCUUAUUCUCACUCUGCAGCUUCAAAAGCCGAGAGAUGCCUAAGGAGCAGCAAGAGGUGGUUGUACUGGGGUCACCCCACAUCUCAACUUCUGCGACAGCCACCACAAUCAACAUGCCUGAGAUCUCCACGCCUGACCAUGUGGUCUGGUCCCUGUUCAAUACACUCUUCAUGAACUUCUGCUGCCUGGGCUUCGUAGCCUAUGCCUACUCCGUGAAGUCUAGGGACAGGAAGAUGGUGGGUGAUACGACUGGGGCCCAGGCCUUCGCCUCCACCGCCAAGUGCCUGAACAUCAGCUCCCUGUUCUUCACCAUCCUCACGGCCAUCGUCGUCAUCGUUGUCUGUGCCAUUAGAUGAUGUGAGAUGUCUUGCAACAUCUCACAGUAGAUAACAGAUUCUGGGGCCUCCCAGGCUUGCUAUGUGUUUCCUUGUCUAUCGCUGCCCCAAACCCUAGACUUAGUCCUGACCAUUUGCCCCAUACAUAUGCAAAUGUGACACUCACAAAUCUGUCCAUGGUGGACUCAAUAAAGUGCACGUGCUGUGACUUUCUGCCCCUGG